AUUAUUUGUGAUAAAGUCCAUCAUUGGAUAAGAUCACAAGACCCAAAAUUUCGCAAUGGCCUCCUCCACGCUACUGAUGCGAAGCAUAUUAUUGUCCUUGUUCCUGUCAUUAUCCGUCGUCCAAUCACGUUUGUACACGUCAUCAGAGAAGAUCCAACUUCCCGGCGAUUCCUUGGUCCUCUCCGUCACCGAUUUCGGCGCCACCGGCGAUGGUAUCCACUACGACACCUCCGCGAUACAGUCCGCCAUAAACGCCUGCAAUCAUCAAUACAUCUCAUCUUCCUCCAUCUGCCACGUCACGUUUCCUCCCGGCACCUAUUUGACCGCCAAGCUCCAUCUCCGAUCCGGCGUCCUCCUCGAUGUGACGGAGAACGCCGUACUUCUCGGUGGACCGAGGAUCGAAGAUUAUCCGGGGGAGACUUCGUCAGAGUGGUACGUGGUGGUGGCGAACAACGCGACGGAUGUCGGAAUCACCGGCGGAGGAGCAAUCGACGGACAGGGAUCGAAAUUCGUGGUGAGGUUCGAUGAGAGGAAGAACGUGAUGGUGAGCUGGAAUCAAACCGGGGCUUGUUUGGGUGAUGAGUGUAGACCUAGGCUUGUUGGAUUCGUUGACUCCACCAAUGUUCAAAUCUGGAACAUCACUCUGCGUGAGCCUGCGUAUUGGUGUUUGCAUAUCGUGAGGUGCGAGAACACUUCAAUCCACGAUGUAUCGAUCUUUGGCGAUUUCAACACACCAAAUAACGAUGGCAUCGACAUAGAAGAUUCAAACAAUACUUUCAUAACUCGGUGUCACAUCGACACAGGAGAUGACGCAAUCUGUCCCAAGACAUAUGCUGCUCCGCUUUACAACUUAACCGUUACAGACUGCUGGAUCCGGACCAAAUCCUCCGCCAUUAAACUUGGUAGUGCGAGCUGGUUUGAAUUCAAAGGUCUUGUCUUUGAUAACAUCACCAUUUUUGAAUCUCACAGAGGCCUUGGCAUGCAAAUACGUGAUGGAGGAAAUGUGAAUGGCAUUACAUUUUCAAACAUGAACAUCAGUACAAGAUACUACGAUCCGUCCUGGUGGGGAAGAGCAGAACCAAUAUAUAUAACAACUUGCCCGCGCAGUUCAUCUUCAACGGAAGGCUCAAUCUCGAGUCUCCUUUUCGUAAACAUAACAAUCGUUUCUGAAAACGGAGUCUUUUUAUCUGGCUCUCCGAACGGAUUACUCACGGACAUAAAGUUCAAGAACAUGAACAUUACUUUGAGAAGAUGGAGUAAUUACACUUCAGGGCUUGUGGAUUAUAGACCGGGAUGUCAAGGUCUAAUGAACCAUAGCGCCACAGCUGGGAUCACUAUGGAACACGUGAAUGGGUUCAGCGUUGAGAAUGUUGACUUGAAAUGGUCAGAUGAUAAUCUGAAUGAUUGGAAUGUUCCUCUCGAAUUUAGACCUUCAACCGUGAAUAAUGUCUCCUUUGAUGGUUUCAGUUCUGGUCUCUACACGAAAUUGUUUGAGUUUUGAGUUUUUUUUCUUUGUUGGUGAACACAACAUUGCUUGAGUCGUUUAUGUCUGGUUUACAGGAGACUUGGAUUCUGACUU